CCUUCGGCCACGGAGCCGCUCGCGGGACCCACGGGGAGCCCCGAGCUUCCCGCGGGAGCCCCUGGGACCCCCCGAGGCCCCCGUGGAGCUCCUCCAUGAAGCCCCCCGGGGCCAUGGGGACGCUGCUGCGCGCGCUCGGCCGCCGCGAUGGCCCCGACACGCCGCGGCCGUCAGCACCCGCCUCCCACACGUUCCGAGAGCGGAGCCUGCACCGGGGGGGAGCCUGUGGGGGCUGCGGGACCGCCCUGGGACCCCACGGGCUCGUGUGCAGAGUUUGCAAAGUCGCCGCCCACAAGAGAUGUGAGAGCAAGGUGACGUCACCGUGCCAACCUCUGCCCCCGCCUGAGCUGAGGCGGAACACGGCCCCGGUGCGGCGUAGUGAGCGUGUGGGCUCCUCGCUGGACAGCGUCCCCCAGCGGAGCACCCUGCCCAGGACUCCUCGCGCCCCCAGCCCCGAGGUCCCCCCGUUCCCCCCCCUGGACCUGACGUUCGUGACCGAGCGGAUCCUGAGCGUGGGGGUCCCGGGGAGCGGCGAGGGGGGUCCCGGGAAGCACCUGCGGCACCUGGCGAAGCUCCUGGGGGCGCGGCACGGCCCCAACUACACGAUUUUCAACCUGUCCGGGAAGCGCCGCGACCUCACGCGCCUGAACCCCAAAGUGUUGGAUUUCGGGUGGCCGGAGCUUCUCGCCCCCCCUCUGGAACUGCUCUGCUCCGUCUGUAAAGCGCUCGAAGGGUGUCUGGGGGGGCACCCGCGCAACGUGGCCGUGCUGCUCUGCAAGGGCAGCAAGGCCCCAGUCGGGGUGGUAGUGGGGGCAUUUCUGCACUACAGCAACGUGUGGGGCAGCCCCGAGCAGGAGCUGAAUGCACUGAGUAUGAGGAGGUUCUGCGAGGAGAAAUUGGGGGACGUCCUGCAGCCCUCCCAGCGCAGGUACACAGAAGAUUUUGGGGCACUGCUCUCGGGGCGACUCCGCCUGAACAGCUCCCCCCAGUUCCUGCACCACGUCCUGCUGCCCCCCCUGCCCGCCUACGACCCCCCUGAUGGUUGCCGCCCCUUCCUCAAGAUCUACCAAUCACUGCAGCUCGUCUACACCUCGGGGGUCUACAGCGCCCCCCCCUCGCAGUCGCUCUGUGUCACCCUGGAACCGGCGCUGCUGCUCAAGGGGGACGUGAUGGUGCGCUGUUACCACCACCGGCGGGGGGGGCGCGAGGCGGUUUUUGGGGUUCAGUUCCACACGGGGACCCUGCGCGGACCCCGCCUGAGGCUGCGCCGGGACGAGCUCGACCUGGCCUGGCAAGACCAGCGCUUCCCCCCUGACGCCACCGUCGAGUUCAUCUUCUCCUCAGGCCCCGAGAGGGUCGAAGGCUGGGUCCCCCCACGCGGCCCCCCCGCCUCCCCCAUCGAUUACGGGGUGCAAGACCCCGCGGUUCGGCGUGACUCCUACGAUGGGCACUGGGACAGCCCCGAGGAGCUCUCCCACACUUGGGGUCCCCUGGAUGGGAGCCCCUACGCCCGCGUGCAGAAGAAGGGGGGACCCUCCCCACCCGGGGGGGAUUCUGACUCCCCACCUCCACCUGGAGCCCCCCAUGGCCGCCCCCCGCCCCCCACGGCUGCUGAGCGUCGGGAGUUGGAGCAGCUGCUGGGGGGGUUUGGGGUGCAGGGGGACCGCAAGACCCCCGGCCCAGGGGAAGAGCCCCCUGACACACCUGAACUGCUCAGGACCCCCACAGUCUAUGGGACCCCUGAACCACUCAGGACCUCAGCACCCUACAGGAAUCCCACAUCCUACGGGACCCCAAUAUCCCUUGGAACCCCGAUAUCCCACUGCACCCCCACAUUCCAUGAGACCCCGAUAUCCCAUAAGAGCUCCCCCUCCCAGGGGACCCCCACUUUCCAUGGGACCCCUGCUCCCCACAGCCUCCUCACAUCCUGCGGGACCCUAACACCCCACAGCUUCCCGACAUCCUAUGGGGCCCCCAGGUCCCAGGGGUCCCCCACACCCUAUGACACCCCAAAACCCUAUGGGACCCUGGUGCCCCACGUGACCCUGACACUCCAUGGCCCCCCAGCAUCCCAGGGGUCCCCAACUUCCUACGGGACCCCAGCACCCCGUGGCUCCCCAGUAUCCCCCGGGACUCCAACACCCCACGGGGUCACAGCACCCUAUGGGACCCCAAUAUGCCACAGGACCCCAAUAUCCCGGGGGUCCCCGACAUUCCAUGGCACCUCACUAUCCCAGAACACCUUGUUGCCCAAUAGCACCCCAGUAUCCCAGGGGACCUUGAUAUUCCAGGGGUCACCGAUACCCUACAGCCCCCCAGCUGGGACCCCAACAUCCCUGGAGACCCCAACACCAUAUGGGACCCCAACAUCCCAGGGUUCCCCAUCACCCUACGGGACCCCACCAUCUCAUGGAUCCCCAGCAUCCCAGGGCCCUCACACUCCCCAUAGCCCCCCACCAGCCCAGAAGUCCCCAACAUCCUAUAGCCCCCCGAUAUCCCACGGCACCGCAGUAAUCCAUGAGACCCUGACACCCUAUGGGACACCUACAUCCCAGGAGACCUCAGCCCCCCACAGCCCCCCAACAUCCUACAGCCCCCUAAAACCCCAUGGCACUCCAGUAUCCCCUGGGGUCCCAAUCUCCCACAUCACCCCAAUAUCCGAGGCACUCCCAGCCCCCCACGGGACCCUGAUUUCCCAUGACACCCCGGCAUCCUGCAGCCCCCCAGUAGCCCACGGGACCCCCUCACUUCACAGCCCCACAGCAUCCCAUGGGAUCCAGAUAUCCCACAGCCCCAUCGCACCUCACAGCCUCCCAGUAUCCCACAGUCCCCCGAGCCCUUGGGCCCCCCCCAGCCCCUGGGUCCCCCCGUGCCCCCCGCUGUGCCGACGAGCCAGCCUGGCCUCCCCCCGGGACUCCCCAAAACGGGGGGUGCAGCGCUCGCUGUCCGAGGGGUUCCCCCCGUGGGGGGGCUACGGGCGCCCAGUGGCGGGGGGGUACCUGCUUUUGGGAGGGCUCUCGCCCCUCUGCCCCUGUCAGGACUGCCAGGGCUGGGGGGGCGUCUCCCCGCUCCCCACCCGCCCAAUUUAUGGCAGGCAUGGCUGGGAGGGACCCCCCGCGCUCCCUCUGGAGCCCCCAAAUUGCCCCCAUUGCGGCCGCCCCGGGUUGGGGCUGGAGCGGGGACACCCGCCUGGAAAAGGGGGCUACGAUCCCCCCGCCAUGGGGGAGCCCCAGGAGCCAACAGGGCGACGCAGCCCCAUUGAGGGGAUCCCCUGGCCGGACGCCCCACGCGCCCUCCCCGAGUCUCCCCGGGCCCCCUCCCCCGGCAGCGGCACCCCCGGGUCGCCCCCGCCCCCGCAACCGCCCCUGCCCGAGAAGCGACAUCCCCCGGCCCCGGGGGGACCCCGGGACCCCUCCUCACCCCAGCGCAGCCCGGGGGGGGCCCAGGGACACCCCUCGGCUGGGGCGGGGCCGGGCGAGACCCCUCCCGGGGGCACCUUCGUGCAAGACACGACCAAGUUCUGGUACAAACCGGGGCUGUCCCGGGAGGAAGCCCUCUUCUCCACAGGGAGCCUCCCGGCACUGGUGCUGCAGCACUCCAUCACGCCCAUCUCGCUACCGUGCACCCUCCGCAUCCCCCACGCAGAGCUGCAGGAGGGAGCCCCAGACCCCCCCGGACCCCCCAAUGUCAGCACGGCCGGAGCCCUCCUGAGGCAGGGGGCAGCCUGCUCUGUGCUGUUCCUGGGCUCGGUGGGAACCGAGGCCCUGACUGGUCCCCAGGCUGUGGCCAAGGCCGUGGGGUCCCUUCUGGAGGGGAUUGCGAGUGCAGGCGGGUCUUCCCAGCCCCCCUCCAGCCCCGUGCACUUCAAGGUGUCAACACAGGGGAUCACCCUGACGGACCGGCAGCGCAAGCUCUUUUUCCGCCGGCACUACCCUGUGAGCAGCAUCACCCACUGCAGCACUGACCCCCAGGACCGCAGGUGGAUGAACCCCGACGGGACCACAGCCAGGAUUUUCGGGUUCGUGGCCAAGCAGGCAGGAGCACCGGGGGGGGCCAACACAUGUCACGUGUUUGCGGAGCUGGACCCCGAGCAGCCGGCAGGGGCCAUCGUCACCUUCGUCACCAAAGUCCUGCUGGGAACGCGGAACUGAGAGACCCCAGGGACCUCCCUGGGACCCCAGAAACCAUCUGGGGACUACCAAAGUCCCCCGAGGCAGGGGUCCUCAGGGGCACCCUCAAAACCCAGUGGGACUCCCCCCGCAUCUUCACCGAGGUCCUGCUGGGGACACAACCUUGAGGGACCCCCAGAACCCCCUGGGACCUCCAAAAAUGUCUGGGGAUGCCCAAAACCCCCAGAGUCCACCAUUCCAAGGGGCGGACAGAGGGACACACAUAACCAAGCCCCCUGCCAUAAUCAGCACCAUCACCAAGGUCCUGAACACCCCCAAACCUCCCGGAGGCUUCCCCAAAACCAUCCCUGGACCUCCCAAACUCUCCUUGACACCCCCGAUUUGGGGAGAGCACAAGGGGAUGCCCAUAAUCGCCCUCACCACCAUCUUCAUCACCAAAGUCCUACUGGAUUUCUCCCCAAACUCCCCGCAAGACCCCUUCCCCAACCUCUCAAAAACACUCACCAGACCCUCCCACCCCUUCUUGGAGGCCCCCCAAAACCUACUGCACCCCCUGAACUGCCCUCUCAAGAGAGGGGGGCUGGUAGAAGAGGGGGCACAGGGACACCCCUGCUAUCUGGGGGUUCCUGGGAGAACCCAAAUAAAUCCACAUUUAUUUUGGUGUAA